UCCGUGCUGCUUUAAUCCCCCACAAAUGGCUCCCCCCGUGGGGCGAAAAUGCUGGAACUGAGCACCGGUGGGGAGGCAGCUGAAUGAGCCACAGCCAGCGGGAGACAGAGCGUUCUCAGGAAAGAGCUGGAGCCGGAACUUUGAAUCAUUGCCUCGUUGGAGCAGAGAUCGUGGACCCCGGUGGAUACCUGCCCGCUGCGUUCGACCGUAUCUGGACAAGGAGCCCAAGGAGCCCACGGAUGCAUCGAUGGUUUGAAGUAAAUUACUGGGACUUACACAAAGUACCUCAUUCGAUAUUCGGGGAACCACCUAGUGGGCCAGGCCGCGCCGGGGUAUAUAGGGGACCAAGUGGGUUGCCAUUAGCCGUGGACUGGGAACACCAGGCAGCAGAGAACAGUCAACUGGAUAAUCGAGAGGUGACAGGAAUUCCCUGCCUCCAGUGUCCCGGAUCAACACAUCACGCAUGGACUUUGUGCAAAUGUGAUAAUUGCGAAAGAAACCGGUAUUGUCACUCUCAGUUCCGGGCGGGAAGGUGCACAAGGUGUAAAGGGAAUACUACCGGGAACGCCGAACCACAGAAUCUACAGCUAGUGUGUGGGAGAUCACAUUGUAUCCCCCAGCUGUGGACUGUGUGGGAAACGGAUUGGGAGAGUACCAAACGACAGUGUGACAAGCGAUUUGGGUGGAAACAGAACAAAAAGAGAACGUAAACCAUGACACCAGUAUGGGGGGGCAUCUUGUGGCUAGUAUCACUAUGUGCAGUCGCUGUGUUAUGGGUACCCUCACAGCCGAAGGAAAAUAUUUGGGUGACUCUGGCCAAUCAGACAGGACAGGAUUCCAUCUGCCUAUUGAUAUCUUCCCCCGGCAACCCCUUUUCUACCUGCCUAGUG